GGUGGGCGUUGUAAGAAAACGGUCACAGUAGCUAGCAUUGUUGUUUUCGUUUCCCUCCCAACAAUAAUAUAACCCCCAUUCCCUUAACCCCAUUUUCAUUUCCUUCAUCACAAAAGAGUCUCUCUCUCCUCUUUCUCUCUCUUCUCUCAUCUACUUCAUACCUACCAGAGAGACUCUUCAAUUCUUCAAUCCAAUUCAAUCAUGCAAGAUUCAUCUUCAAUCAAAUUUUCUCCUCUUGAUCUGAUGACUGCCAUAAUCAAAGGCAAGUUCAAUCCGUCCAAUGACUCGUCUCAGGCACCGUCUUCAAUUAUCUUCGAGAAUCGCGAGUUUGUUAUGAUCCUAACAACUUCAAUCGCCGUUCUCAUCGGUUGCGUCGUCGUUUUGAUAUGGCGUAGAUCCAAUUCCAAUAAAUCUAAGCAAAUUGAAGCUCCGAAACUCGUUAUCAAGAAGCUUCCGGAACUUGAUGUCGAUGACGGUAAGAAAAAGGUCACCGUCUUCUUCGGUACUCAAACCGGAACCGCCGAAGGUUUCGCCAAGGCGAUAGCGGAUGAGGCGAAAGCGCGUUACGAGAAGGCGAAGUUUAGAGUUGUUGAUAUUGAUGAUUAUGCGGCUGAUGAGGAUGAGUAUUUGGAAAAAUUGAAGAAGGAGACAAUGGCUCUCUUCUUUUUAGCUACAUACGGUGAUGGUGAGCCAACUGAUAAUGCGGCGAGAUUUUAUAAAUGGUUUACGGAGGAAUAUGAAGGGGAAGAAGAUUCGUUUAAGAAUCUUAGUUAUGGUGUGUUUGGACUUGGGAAUAGGCAGUAUGAGCAUUUUAACAAGGUGGCAAAGGUAAUAGAUGAUAAGCUUCUUGAGCAAGGUGGGAAGCGUCUUGUCCCAGUGGGUCUAGGAGAUGAUGAUCAAUGCAUAGAAGAUGAUUUUACUGCAUGGAAAGAAGAAUUGUGGCCAGCGUUGGAUCAAUUGCUAAGAGACGAGGAUGAUACAACUGUGGCCACACCUUACACUGCUUCUGUUUCGGAGUACCGGGUUGUUAUUCAUGAUCCAUUAGAUGCAGCUGUUGACGAAAAGAAGCGGCAUAAUGCAAAUGGCCAUGCUGUUGUGGACGCUCAACAUCCAGUCAGGGCUAAUGUGGCUGUGCGAAGGGAGCUUCAUACUCCUGCAUCAGAUCGCUCUUGCACUCAUUUAGAAUUUGACAUUUCAGGCACUGGAGUUGCAUAUGAAACUGGGGACCAUGUCGGUGUUUACUGUGAGAAUUUAUCAGAUACUGUGGAAGAGGCAGAAAGGAUACUAGGUUUGUCACCAGACACCUAUUUCUCUAUCCAUACUGAUGAUGAAGAUGGCAAGCCUCUUAGUGGAAGUUCCUUGCCUCCUCCUUUCCCACCAUGUACUCUAAGAACUGCACUUACUAAAUAUGCAGAUGUUUUGAGUUCACCCAAAAAGUCUGCCUUGCUUGCCUUAGCUGCGCAUGCAUCUGAUCCAUCUGAAGCUGAUCGACUAAGACAUCUUGCCUCACCUACUGGAAAGGAUGAGUAUGCAGAGUGGGUGAUUGCUUCUCAAAGAAGUCUCCUUGAGGUUAUGGCUGAAUUUUCAUCAGCCAAACCUCCAAUUGGUGUCUUUUUUGCAGCAGUUGCUCCUCGCCUGCAGCCAAGAUAUUAUUCAAUAUCAUCAUCUCCAAGAAUGGCGCCAUCCAGAAUUCAUGUUACCUGUGCAUUAGUGAAUGAUAAAAUGCCCACUGGACGGAUUCACAAAGGAGUAUGUUCAACUUGGAUGAAGAAUUCUGUACCAUUGGAGAAAAGUCAGGACUGUAGUUGGGCUCCUAUCUUUGUCAGGCAGUCCAAUUUCAGACUCCCAGCUGAUAAUAAAGUGCCUGUAAUUAUGAUAGGUCCUGGCACUGGGUUGGCUCCUUUCAGAGGUUUCUUGCAGGAAAGAUUAGCUCUGAAAGAAGAUGGAGCUGAACUGGGCCCAUCUGUUUUUUUCUUUGGAUGUAGGAACCGUUCAGUGGACUAUAUCUAUGAAGAUGAAUUGAACCACUUUGUUAAUGGUGGCGCACUUUCUGAGCUCAUUGUUGCCUUCUCGCGAGAUGGGCCUACUAAGGAAUAUGUCCAACAUAAAAUGAUGGAGAAGGCUUCAGAUAUUUGGAACAUGAUAUCUCAGGGAGCUUAUGUUUAUGUGUGUGGUGAUGCCAAGGGUAUGGCUAGGGAUGUACACCGCACUCUGCAUACAAUUUUGCAAGAGCAGGGCUCUUUGGACAAUUCCAAGACUGAGAGCAUGGUUAAGAACCUACAAAUGACUGGCAGAUAUCUGCGUGAUGUAUGGUAAUGAUAAAACGGGGUUAUUGGUAAAAUGCCCAUAAAGAUAGUGGAUAGAAGAUAAGAUUUUCGAUGAACUGGGUUAUUGAUAAGAUGCCCUUAAAAUAGGGAGAAGGGAUUAUUUCUGCUUGUUACAUCAUGGCAACAAUUCUUAUGAUUCUUUUUUUGUUCGUGUUACUUAUACUCUUUGUUUAUACAUAUAGAUUAUGUAUUUUAGUUUUCUUGUAUUGUAAGAACCUGUAAGGAGGGUUCAGAGAUUCAGACAAUUCCUUGUAUUGUAACCUAUAAUAAAAUUAUUUGCAGAAUAAUAUAUUAUUUCUGUGAGUGUUAUUAUUAAA